AUGAUAUGCUUCUUCCUCUCCCCCCUCCGUUGUAAAAUAGAAAAAGCUUUUCAAUACUUUCAUGAGCAUGCAAAGGCAUUGGAGGAGCAGAAGCGCAAUAGAGUGGAGUACUUAGAAUUUUUAAAAUCCUGUGACUUUAUUAAGGCCAGUAUCCAGUGGCGGAAAGUUCAGGACCGCUUGGAAACUGAUGAAAGAUGCUCCCGCCUUGAGAAAAUCGAUCGCUUGGAGAUUUUCCAGGAAUAUAUACGUGAUUUAGAGAGCAAAGAGGAGGAGCAAAGGAAACUGCGGAUGGAAGAAUUGAGGAAAGCUGAACGUAAAAAUCGUGAUGAGUUCCGAAAACUGAUGGAAGAGCAUGUUACUGCAGGAAUACUUAAUGCAAAAACUAACUGGCGUGAUUAUUGCAUCAACAUUAAAGAUUUUGCUGCAUAUCUGGUUGUCUCAUCAAAUACUUCAGGAUCAACAACAAAAGACUUAUUUACAGAUGUUAUGGAUGAGCUGGAGAAACAGUUUGUCUUUGAGGAGUUACUGGAAAGGGCCAGGGAGAAAGAAGAAAAAAAAGCUAAAAAGCGUAAACGUCUAGCAGAUGAGUUCUAUGAAUUUCUUCAUGCAUCAAAGGAAAUUACUGCAUCAUCGAAAUGGGAGGACUGCAAAUCCCUCUUCGGAGAUAGAAUAAUGAGUGAUGAGGGCUUGCUGCUUGAAAUAUUUGACAAAUUUCUUAAUGAACUAAAAGAGAAGGAGCGGAAGCGUCAAGAGGGUAAGGCAAGAAAAGAGAAGGAAAGAGAAAAGAAGAAGGAAAAAAAUAGAAGGGAUAAAGGCAGAGGGGAUAAAAGCAGGAAAGAGAGAAGAACCGAGAAAGAUGGUACAGGCAUCGACAAGGCUGAUGCUUACAGUUUCGAGGAGAUCAAAAGGUCAGGAAGUGACAGAGAUAAGAAACACCGCAAGCGGCAUAUGAGUUCCUUUGAUGACGAUGCUGAAAAUGAGAAAGAUCAUUCAAGAAGUUCUUACAGACAUGACAGUGAUCAUAAGGUCACGUCCAAUAAUCUCUCCUCAUUUUUUGGCCUACAUGUUCACCUCCUCGUACCUACUAUAUCCAACCUAAGGCUCCUCCUGAGGUUUACUUCUUUUCCUCUUAUCUCGUUGUUUGAUAAGACCUAUUUAGGCUAAAAUUUAAAAGUCACGUCAAUGUCCGUUGUGACUUGUGUGUCCACUACACACUACCCAAUUUCCACCGUAGGUCAAUCUGAAAAGGAAAAAAUGGGCACAUAUGUGGGCCCCACACAAAAUUGAAUAGUCUUGUGGUUUCAAUUUAUGAAA